AGGAGGGAGCAGGCGGCCGGCGGCGCGGGGGGAGGGGUCCGGUCCGGGAGUGCGGGAGGCAGUGGUAGAGGGAGGUGGCGGCAGCGGUAACGGCUAGUGGGCUCGAAUCACAACCAGACUGAGGAAGACAGCUUCGUGGAGCGAGGCAGUAGCAGCACCGAACACCGGAGGCGGCACCGGGAUCCCCGGCUUAGGGGAGGGGGCCCCGGACCCGGAGGAGGGGAGGGGGCGAUGCUGGAAGCCAUGGCGGAACCCAGUCCCGAAGAUCCACCUCCGACCCUUAAGCCUGAGACUCAGCCACCGGAAAAACGGAGGAGAACAAUUGAAGAUUUCAACAAAUUCUGCAGUUUUGUCUUGGCCUAUGCUGGUUACAUUCCUCCUAGCAAAGAGGCCCCUGACAGUGCCACCCUGCUUGAGAAGAUGAAGCUCAAGGACUCUCUCUUUGAUUUGGAUGGCCCCAAAGUGGCCUCUUCCUUGUCCCCCACGUCCCUGACACACACUUCCCGGUCCCCUGCUGCUCUCACCCCAGUGUCCCUUUCCCAGGGGGACCUGACACAGCCUCCUCGAAAGAAGGACCGAAAGAACCGAAAGUUGGGGCCAGGGGGAGGGACUGGGUUUGGGGUGCUUCGGAGGCCUCGGCCAGCCCCUGGUGAUGGGGAAAAGAGAUCUCGAAUCAAAAAGAGCAAAAAACGGAAGUUGAAAAAGGCAGACCGGGGGGAUAGACUCCCGCCUCCUGGGCCUCCCAGAGCACCCCCCAGUGAUACAGACUCUGAAGAAGAGGAGGAGGAAGAGGAAGAAGAGGAGGAGGAAGAUGAGAUGUCAUCAGUGGUAGGGGGUGAAGCCCCAGCCCUUGUGCUCCCAACACCCCCUGAGGCUCCUAGGCCCUCUGCCACAGGGCCCCCUGAAGGAGUGCCUCCCACUGACAGUGAAAGCAAGGAGGUGGGCAGCACCGAAACAAGCCAAGAUGGAGAUGCCAGCUCUAGUGAAGGCGAGAUGCGGGUCAUGGAUGAGGACAUCAUGGUAGAAUCAGGUGAUGACUCAUGGGAUCUGAUCACGUGUUACUGCCGAAAGCCCUUUGCAGGGCGGCCCAUGAUUGAGUGCAGCCUGUGUGGGACAUGGAUUCACCUCUCCUGUGCUAAGAUUAAGAAGACCAAUGUCCCAGACUUCUUUUACUGCCAGAAAUGCAAGGAACUUCGGCCAGAGGCCCGGCGGUUAGGAGGCCCUCCGAAAUCUGGAGAGCCUUGACAGCACCAUCUCCAGACUGGAACUUCAGCUGAUAACACGACUUGGGAACUGAGCCUCAGGGUCCUCAGCCCAUCCCCUGGAGCUUGGGCACUGUCCCACUUCCAAGCAGGAAUUCCUAAGAGAGACUUGCUUGGAAAUGAGUGUCAUGUUGCUGUCCUCCCCUUUCCUCCUUCCUUUCCAAUCUCUGGAUUUGAACAUGGACCCACUCCAUUUGGGGGUGAGAGGCUUGUCUGGGUCCCUAGACACACAAUCCCUGCCCCCUUGGACCUGCCACCCCUCACUUUGUGUGUCAAGGUUGGAAAUGGGAUGGAAUUUUAUAGAGUCUAUGAAACUCUAGUGUAAAUAUAGCACUCCCCUCCCUCAUCGUUUCUUCUCCUCUCUCACUCAUUUAUUUUCUUAUACACCGGUUAUAUUUUUAAUUUUGGACUUCCCCUUUGGGGCAUGGGAGCUCAAAGGCAGAGUACCAGAGUCUGGCUGAGGGAGGAAGGAAAGCAGAAAGGAGACAUUCUCUCUUGUUUUUAAUAAUAAUGGCUAGCUGUUUGUACAGAUGGCCUGUGUGUUGUAAAUAAAGCAGAGUGGGCUCUUUUGUGUUUAUA